UCCAUUUUAACUUAUUUGAGGUUAUCAAAAUUUUUGUCAUUUGUUUUGUCCAUCAGUCUGCAAUUUAUUUAUCCGUUGAAACCUUAAAAAAUAAUCUAGAAUACAACAAAAUGUCGAUUGAAUAUGAAGAAAAUAAUGAACAAGAAGUAAACCAAGAAGGAACAGCUCAUAAGACUGAUGAUGAUUCAACUGAGAAAAAUGAUGAAAACGCUCAAGUUGAAAAUGAAUGGGUUGAUAUCCUAGGUAGCGGCGUCAUACAAAAGAAAAUUCUUAAAGAGGGAAUCCCAGAUAGUCAUCCGCAGAGACAGCAAACCUGUGUCAUAAAUUAUGAGUUGUUUGUAGAGGAAAAUGAUAUCAUACAGAAAGAGGAAAAUUUUGAAAUUGAACUGGGUGACAAUGAUGUUAUUCAAGGUUUAGAUGUCUCUAUAGGAUUAAUGAAUGUAGGAGAGAAAUGCAUAUUGAAAAUAAAGCCUCGUUUGGCAUUUGGAAGCAAAGGUCUACCACCUAAGAUUGGAAGUGAAACAACUAUCACUUAUGUAGUUGAAUUGAUCUCUGUGAGGGAUGAAGAAAUCGAAAGUAUGAAUAUAUCUCAGAGAAAAAUUAAAGGGAACAAAAAAAGGGAGAGAGGAAACUAUUGGUAUGGCAGAGGGGAAAAUAGUAUUGCAAUUCAGUGUUAUAGAAAAGCUUUAGAUUAUUUAGAUGAAGUUGAAGGAGGUAUUCAAUUCCCUGGAUCUAAGGAAGAAGAAUUGUCAGAUUCAGCUCUUCAAGAAUUAUUGGAGGAUAGAAUAAGUGUUUAUAAUAAUUUAGCUGCUGCACAAAUCAGAAUGGAGUCCUAUGAUGCAGCUUUAAUGUCAUUAAAGACUGUAUUAAAAUGUCAACCAAAUAAUAUAAAGGCCCUCUUUAGACAAUCCAGGGUGUAUAAAGCUAAAACUGAAGUACUAUCAGCAAUACAGUCAUUAUUGAAAGCUAAGGAAGUGGCACCAAAUGAUCCUGAUAUAAAUAAUGAAUUGGUUAAAUUAAAUCAAAUUGUGGAAAAACAGAAAAAAACUGAGCGUGAAUUGGCCAAGAGGAUGUUUGGCCAUAGUUCUAAACAGUAUAAGAAAGAACAAAGUUCCAACAAGGUUUAUUUUUGGGCUACAUUGGCAGCAACAUUAGCAAUAGGAGUGGCCGGGUUGGCUUCAUAUCGACUUAAAAUUUUUUAGUAUGCCUUUGUAUAAAAUACAAAUCUUGAAACCUCUUUUUCUGUCAUAAUAUACAAGGUGAAAUGCAUUUACAGUUUUAUAUUUAUUUGUUCCUGGAUAAGAUGAUAUAUGUAUAUUUGCUCUUUUUUUAGUUGUUAGUAUCGUAAUGGUUGAGUUAUAUUAAUCUAAAGGUCUGAUUUUUUGUCAUUAUACUGUGGUGCAUUUUUAAGUUGUUAUGGUUUUGUCUGCUUUAUUAUUUAAUGUUAUUGAAAAAUAAAGAACAGAUUCUUUUAA